AUGUCUUCCCUCGUCUCAGAGUUUCUCAUCAACCCCGUCUUGCGUCAGGCUCGUCGAUUUUCCGAAAUCUCGCGAUCUACCUUCACUGGCGAUGGAGGCGACUCGACCGAACACGCUGACGCAGUGAGCGAUUCCGGUCAUCCUGAUAGUCCUGUCUCUGCGCCUGUACCUGUAUCUGUACCUGUACCUCUGCCAGCACCUGAGCCGGCACCGGUGCCGAUCAUCGAGUCUCCCCUCACCAGACCCCUCAGCGUCUCGACCCAAGAAACAAGAGUCGAAGAACCCGAACCAGUUCCAAUCAUGUCCCAAGAAGCUCCUCCCCGCGAUCAUAUAGGGAUCGCUCUGAGCCCGCUCAGCUCUCGUCGGAUUCCCGAAGAUGAUGGUAUGCGCGAGUUGCGAUCCCGGAUCCAUUCGAUCAACGCCCAAGACAUACCCCAAAAUGAUAAAGCGCGGUUAAUCCACGAUAUUCUGUUGGAAGGAUAUAAGUCAUCCAAGACAGUACCGCUGGUGAAGAAGAUCCUCGAGAGUGGUGAAGGCUUGGAUGUAUCUCUAUCGCAGUCACCGUCGUCGCCAGUAUCGAGGCCGUUGAAGUUCUGGCAGAAUCAACCGGAUGAGGAAAUAUUUAUCCUGAGCGAGGAAGACAAAGCACCGACGUAUGUACCUAUGAAGCCGCCGAAACGACAUGGAAGUGAGACUCCAGUGGAACCUUUACAGUUAGUACCAGAAACGGAACAACCUCUUGGAUGCCAACACUACGAACGAAACGUCAAGCUCCAGUGCUUCACAUGUAAGAAAUGGUAUACCUGCCGUUUCUGCCACGAUGCGAACGAAGAUCACAGCCUCAUCCGUACAGAAACCAGGAACAUGCUCUGCAUGCUUUGUGCAACACCACAGAAGGCAUCGGAUAUGUGCAUCAACUGCGGCGAGUUGUCGGCAUACUAUUAUUGCGAUAUUUGUCACUUAUGGGAGAACCGCCAAAGUAAACCCAUUUACCACUGUAACGACUGUGGUAUCUGUCGUCGAGGCAUGGGCCUCGGCAGGGACUUUUUUCACUGCAAGACCUGUCGAGCAUGUAUCUCAACCUCAAUUGAGGGCUCUCACAAAUGUAUCGAGAGGUCAACAGAUUGCGACUGUCCCAUCUGUGGCGAGUACCUCUUCACUUCACCACGGCCUGUGGUCUUCAUGCCUUGCGGUCAUAGUAUUCAUAAGAAGUGCUACGAACAGCAUAUGAAAGUGUCAUACAAAUGCCCGAUCUGCAAUAAGAGUCUCACGAACAUGGAGAGUCAGUUCCGAAAUCUGGAUGUUGCCAUCCAGACUCAGCCCAUGCCACCGGAGUUCCGCGACACCACUGCCGUUAUUCUGUGCAACGAUUGCUCCGGAAAGAGUACUGUUCGAUAUCACUGGUUGGGUCUGAAAUGCUCCAUAUGCCGGUCAUAUAAUACGGUAGAACUGAAUAUCGUGGGAGGGGACCGGGCAGGAUCACAAGCACCUGCUGAAAUGCAACCGAUUGUGGAAACUGGACGGGAUGCCUCUGGAUCUGUGAGCGGAAACCGAGCACCUAUCGCAGUGGGAAACAGGCGCAGACAUUCGUCUCACGGUGUUGAGGCCCAAUACCGCGCUCCAGAUAGAGUUGCACGAUCAGUGUCCCCUGGCAAUAUGGGUUUCGACUCGAUCAUGGCACACCUACCACCAGACGAAGAGUCCGAGGACGAUAUCCUUGGGAUUUGGAGAAUUCGCAACCGUGGCAACAAUGCAUCAGAGAAUGACGAAGACUCUGAACUGGAUGAUCUCAGCGACACACUUUCGGACGCUGAAGAGGAAGACGACGAUGAUGACGAAGAAGACGAAAACGAAAUUGUUCUUAUUGGACAUCGAUGA